CCACAGCUGCUGAACGUGUUUGUGUAUUAUGGAUUGUGGAUGUGUGUGUACUGUGCGGGAUAGGGAAAGCUAAGUGCUCUAGUGUGCGCGCGGCUUCGUAGGCCAGGUGGUUUCUAUGCGGCCUCCUGCUGCUGCUGCUGCUACUGCUGCUGCUGCUGCUGCUGCUGGUGCUGCUGAUGCUGAUGUUGUUUACGGGAGUAACACAGAAAGACCAGUAAAGCCAAAGUGAUGCAAUAUUGUGGCGCAUUGAUAUCAUAGCUGACGCAGAUGCCUUUCCCCCCAUAUAGGCUAUGAAUGAUAUCCCACCUAAAACUAGCCUUUCGUUAAGUGGCUUUGGAUAUGUGAUAAAGCUUAUCGAAAGUUGUGGAGAGGAAAAAACCAGUAACAUGAAUGGUCGGACGUUCCAGUCGAGUGUUACCACUGGCAGUCUCCUGUUUGCCGUUAAGAUUAGUCUGGAAUGACGCUAGCGUCCCCUGUUAACACUAACCAAAGUUUCGGUCGUGAGAAGGGUCGGAAAACUUCUACAAAGCAUCGAAGAACGCCUUGCGCCAUUUCUGUGGCCAAGUGAAGUGCUCAAGAUAGCUGUAGAAUAGAGGGAAAGUCGCAUUUCUGGCCAUAGAUAAAUCGCUUUCCAACUAGGUCAACUGGCAUCGUAUAACAGCCUGCCUGCCGUUGCCAGACGGCAGUCACGGCUAUGCCCCAUCGUUGAUGGCAACAUUACCCUAGCUCUUUAAAGGUCUUACAGACCUAUGUUUCGACCAGGCGUGGUAUAGAUUUAUUGAUUCUGUAAAAAAAUACGUGUUUGGAACGUUCAGUGUACACAAAACAACAUGGGCGCCAUAGUUCUGACUUGGCCGCUGGAACUCAGACUAGGCAUACCCUUGCCAAUACUCCAUCGUCGACAAACGACUUUAUCUUAAGACCUGCUAGUUGAGAGAAGCUUUGCAGGUUCUGUUGGUGUACGAAAAAUUGAACAAAUAUAGUUUUGAACAUUGUUUAUUAGUUAGGGUUAAUACGCGACGCGUGAGUGGUCUGGCAACCAUGUCUAGUCCCUAGUGCUAGUUACCGACGAAGCCGCCGGCUAGAGGACUGGAAUAUACGAUGUGAUGGCUGCGUAUUGUCCUCAACUGUGGCAAGGUUUACGUUGUUACCGCAAUCCUUAUAUCUGUGUCGAGGCCUUUUUGCUAUUUUUUUGUGGCAAUUCAAAUCGAGAAAUAGGAAAUAGAAAAUGUUUCACUGACUUUAAAAGGUUUUCUGGUCGAGUCUUCGAGUGGAGACGUUCUACCAGAAGUGUCUCAACUUUUUGGCAUCGAUGGUGCCAAGGAUCUGUGAUGCACUACGUCUGAAAACGACUUACAUGAUUUCUGGUACUCUAAAGCACCUUCUCCGGCUGCCUCUUGCCAUCAUAACCUGCAACUGGUGACUUGUUUUAGCAUGUAGUAACUUCAUGUUCUGCAAAGUCCUCUACUAUCCCAGCUUUGUAGUUGUGCCCCAAUUAAUGUAGUAUUGUACUCCUUUAAAACAAGUGAAUCUUAGUUAACGCAAUAGUGGAAUACAACAAAAAAUGCAGCUGGACAAAAGUUUAUUUGCCAAUAUCAAUGGCCGCUCUUUUUUCUGGUCGACCGUGGUUAGGCGGGCAAACUAUCGCGGCAAGAUGGCGGACAAUAAUUGGUUAGGCCUAGUUCUGGCCGUUGUUGGCUAUGUGCUGUGGUGGUGAUGGUGGGGAAAACCGCUGAGUACUCAUAACACUGGACUAGAUAAGUCGCGACGGGUCGGACUGGAAGAAGGCAAGGCGCAUGCGCGGCCACAACGAUGCUGCUAGCUCCUCGAACGGCAGCUGCAGGCGGCACACACGAACGCAUCUAUCCGUGCUUACAAGAGAUGGAAUGGGCAUUCUAGCUGGGUCAGUCGGGGGUACAGGGAUAAAAAAUGGGGUGGCAGAAGCCCAAUUCCCUAGCUACCCCCGCAAAAUUCCUUGAUCUGCGGAUUGUGUUCCCCUACCGGCUAGGGCCAGAAAAUAUGCCAACUACAGCAAUCCCCCGAGAGACCCCCGUGCAGUGUUACACCUAGGAAGCACACUACCUCGUGAUCGACCUAUGCCAUGGCAGGGGUGGGUAACCGUGGAAUGGAAGUAAUCUAAAUUAGAGGACUAAAAAGCAGGCCGUCAUUGGAAAUUAUUUAGGGGUGGUAGUGAAAGAAACUGGGCCAGAACCUCACUGGCUCAUGGCCGACAUCUUCCAAAAGGGGCCACCGCUUGACUCUCUGAUUAUAGUCUAGACUGCUCACCCGACGCAACAAGAAUCUAGGUCAUGCAGGGGCAGCUGGCUCUGUUAGACUAGGUUACCGCGGUGCUAGAAACAGGAGUAAAUUGAUAUGGUUAAACCGGCGUGUUGUGCGUCAGAAGGUCGAGCAAAGCACCGUGUGAUCUCUGGUAGCCAUUAAAGCGUGAAGACCCGCUAUCUGGCACAAGAUCAAACCCGUUUACGAAUCUGUGGUCAUAACGAGGACAGCUAAUGCACGAAAAGACAGUGACUGGCACAAUGCUGCUACAAUCCUCGAUGUGUGGGAUGGUGCCGCGGAGGGAGGCGGAGGUGGAGCGGAAAAGGAGCUUGCGACAAAGAUGCUCCAGAUACAAAGUAAAAGGUUCUACCUCGACGUCAAACAGAACCGUCGUGGAAGAUUCAUCAAGGUGGCCGAGGUAGGCGUUGCGGGUCGCAAGUCACGUCUUCUGCUGGCGAUGUCAACGGCAGCCGAAUUUCGGGACCAUUUAAGCUCAUUCAGCGAACUGUACGCUUCGUUGGGCCCACCAAACCCAGAAAAUUUACCCGAGGAUGGAAAACUCAGAAGUGAAGUGAUGGUUAAAGAGAAUAGGCGAUACUAUCUUGACCUCAAGGAAAACUCGAGAGGAAGGUUUCUACGCGUCUCACAGACCAUCGCCACAGUAUCAGCGCGAGCCGGCCCACGAACACAGAUCGCCAUUCCGGCGCAAGGAAUGAUUGAAUUUAGGGAUGCUCUAACGGACCUUCUCGAGGAAUAUGGCACCGAUGACGGUGGAUUCAAGGGUGAUCUGCCUGAGGGCAGACAUUUGCGCGUGGAAGAUAAGACUUUUUAUUUCGACAUUGGCCAAAACAGUCGAGGCAUCUAUAUGCGAGUGUCUGAGGUGAAGAAUAAUUUUCGUUCAGCGAUCACGAUUCCGGAAAGGUCGUGGUCGAAAUUUCGUGACAUGUUUGCCGACUACGUUGCUCGGAUGGAUGCCGCGCAGGAGAAAUCAGCGGCCCUAAACGAGCAGUCACUCCAGCAAUCGACGGCUCCAGGACCACCAGGUCCUUCGAGCGUCUCAAACGCUCUGCCAGGCCUAACGGGCCUGUCCUCGACGAUGACAAACGUGGCUGUGUCGUCGCCUACCGGCCUGGGAAGCGGAGCUGGUGGAGGUAUGUCCGGGGCGAUUGGGCCUGUUGGCGGAUCAAUUGGAGGUGUUGGCGGCCUCGGUGGUGGCAGCAGCAGGACCAUGGGCUUGGCAGGAGGACUCGGCAGCCUCGGUAACAUGAGCAGUGUCUCUCCUAUGGGAGGAUCAUUGUCGGGGCCCGGUGGACUUGGUGGACAUCAUGGUCAUUCGGGCCAUCCUGGUGGGCAUUCAGGCCACGGACCACCACCAAAUGCUUCCGAGUAGCGUGUUAUAACCAAUUGUAUCUUCGUUUUAUUAUAUAUAAUUAUACAAUUAUAACAAUGAUGAUGUUGAUGAUGCGAUGAAGAUGUGGAGGCGAGCGAAGAUGACACCACAAAAAAUAGGGCAGAUAAUAACAAUAACAGAAAAAACACAUCUAGUUAUCAAUAAGAGGAAAAAACAAAUGAUUCUGAGGAUUACAUACGACGACUAUAAUGAAAAGAUAAUAGGAACUCAAUUUAGAUUUAUAUAAUUGGUAACUGGUAAACAAUCAAAACGAUCAAUAUACUGAGAACAGCAUCAAAAGAAAAUAUUCAUAAUGAGACGACAUAGCGAGUGGUGAUGAAACAAGAAUUAAAUAGAAACGCCCCGGCUCUUAUGAUGAAAGUAAUGUCGACGAUUAGAAUUCUAAGAAAGAUGAAAAUCUAACGAAUUUUUAUUAUGAUGGUUAUAAUUAAUAUUAUUAUAACAAAUAUCUUUAUUAUCAUUAUUAUUGUAUUAAGAUUCUUGAUAUUCUUAUUAUAGCGAUGAUGAUGAUGAUGAUAGCUAUGAUAAUAAUCUUGAUAAUGAGGGUAAUGAUAAUUACUUUAUAAUGAAUAUUAUGGAAAUUCUCUUUGCCGGGUAUAUAAUGACUGUUGACGGAAAUCUCAGUUUAGGUUGGUAGCAGUAGCUAAAGGAGGCUGAAUCUAUAAAAUUGGCAAACCGAUAGUGGACUGCUCACUGACCAGAUUGACGAGGUCGAGUGGAAGAAAAAAAUGAAAAACAGAGUUGAAGAGAGAUUGAAGUCAGAAUAAGGGCGAAGCUAGAACAGGCUAAAAGGUGGAGGAACUGUAUAGAUAACUGUUCACGUUGAGGGUAAAACGAUCGCUUAAGAACAGGCGGGGUCUGAAAGCCAGAGCUAAGCAGACGCUUAGAAAUCGAGGGGGCGGACAAAGCGAAAAACAGAAAGAACGAAGUGAGUCAAAGCGCUAUUACGGAUGAAGACAUGCUGGACAGGGGCAGACGUUCUGUGGCAUGUGUGGGGUCGGAUGGUCUGCUAAUGGUCGCUUAGGUUGGAUCGGAGCUGGUAACAAGUCACCGGAGUCAGCAAACUCCUAGCCAUUAGGCCCACACGGCCUAGAUGCACCUUGAGGAGGCCUCUCUAAGGAAGAGUCGAAGAGCAUUAAUGAUGACUGAAACUGCAGAUGUGAUCGUGAAGGCGCUGGUGAUGAUGACGAAGUGGAUCAAAUGAACAGUCGACAAUGACGAAGAAAGACGGAAACGAAAGUAUAAGAGAGAAUGAAAAUGAAACGUUGCAUAAACUAAAAAGUCGAGACUGCUUCGGAGAAGGAGGCUGAAGCAUGGAUGCUGAAUAGAGAAAUAGGCAUCAACAAGAUAGCAUAUACACUGCUGGGCGUAAUACCCACGCUGAUGUUUCCCUGUUUUCCCUCAGGUAGCAGAUGCCAACACAGCGAACUAACUGUUGUGUACAGAGUAGAACGAGUUACAAGUGAUAAUUGACAUACAUGAUUGAUAGAGGCGGACAACAUACAUUUUUCGGGUUGAUAACCGUAAAUCAACAGGAACUAAGCAAACGAAAGACCAGAUGUGUACACAAACCUAUAUUUAUACACAGCGAGAGAAAACAGGGAAACCAAAGCUGGGUGCCCCCCCCCCCCCCAACCCCCACCCUCCUAGGUUCGCUAGGUUGCCACAGCACCGAGCGGCUCACGGUGGCAACGGACCCUCCAUUGAGCGCGACGGCUGAAAUUAUUUCAAACAAUCUGUACAAAUAAAUUAUCGCUUCUUUGUUCGCUUUUUUAAUUACGGACAAAAUUUUGUGUCCUGAAAAAAACCACUAUCAUUAUUAAUAUGUUUACCGGCAUUGCUCCGAGUUAUUGUAGCAGUGGAGACUUGUUAUAACACAGUUCUAUGAGCAUUAUUAAUAUGAUCGCUUUUUUUUUUUACUACGCUGCUAACUGCGCAUCUUUGCUAGCCAAAUGAAGACUGAGUUCAACUCAUCAGCCAUAAGCAUUACGGCAGUAUCCAUAAAGACAGUCAUGGCUGCAGGCUACAGACGGUCACCGGUGAUGGCCCAGCUGGUCAUCAGCGAGCCGGUUACUAGAGGAAACAACGUCCCCGCGCCUCAGUAAACGCGGCUCUGUUUUGGUCUCGGUCAACUAUCGCGUCGACCGAAUCGCCCGAAGAUGGAGCGUCCAUACCCUGAGCCCUGCGGCAAUCGUGGCCAAGUCCAUUUCCUAUUGGAAUGAUUGCGUGGAUUGACUGACUAUGAAGCUGAUUGAUCGAUGCGAUGAUACGAUAUAUAGAUGGAUAUUGUAGGUGAGGAAAGACGAGAGAUUUUGGUAAUUGGAGGGAUCGAGCAAAAGCAGGUGUAGAGGUGAGUUGAGCUGAAGGCCGAAGGCGAAAAAGACGAGGCAGGCUGAAUUCGUUCAACGUCGACCAAUCCUGGUAAACAACUAACCAGGUAGCGGGUUAAAGAAUAACGAAAUAAAACAGAUGACAAAUAGACACUAUGAGAACGAAAAGCAGAGCAAUUCAUAGAAAUGAUGAUAAUAUCGAUACUACCAAUUAUGAUGACGCCGAGCUGGAAGAUCAUGUCGGACAGUAUAGUGCGAUAUUUUAUGAUGAGAUCAUGAUGAGCUUGAUGACCAAGGCGAUACUGACAAUAAUAUAUAGUGCUAACAAUAACAAAAAGGAAAAGGGAAACAAUAACGAUACGAUAGUAAGAACAACAACAACAGUAGCUUAAACCAAGUCUGUGAGAAUGUAAAUUUAUAACGAGCCAAUAAUUUCUGAGAAGCUCUGAUAUAUAUAUAUGGACUGGCAGAUAUAUAUGCACGUAUAGAGAUUUUCAAGUCAGAAUAUUCCCAACGGCAGGCCAUAUAAUAUAAAGAUAUACACACACUCUAGUAAAGCCAUAGCAAAACGGAUACGACGAUAGCAACAAGUCCAAGAAACAGAAAAAUAACUUCUAAUAAUAAUAAUAAUAAGCCUUGUACAUUUAAUUGUAAGUACGGAACGUAUUCCCUGAAACCGCGACAGACUUUUGCGUUUUUUAAGGUUUAAACAAUAGAGACAUUAUUGCCUAAUCCCCGAUGCUGGAUUGUUUCACGAGACGUGUGUAUCGUACCCUAUAAAAUACAUAGCGCUUUUGAGCUACACCGUGUUCAAAGCGUAACCAAUACAAACUAUUGAUCUGAAUUGACAGAUAGACUGGACGUUCUGUUACCAGAACAGGGACACUGCGUUAAUUUGCGAGUUAUACUUUUGUUGAAAAUCUAUAUUGAGACCACAAUACAUCAGCCUAACGAACCCAGUCCAUUAUGAAUUACGUUCUAAAGUAGAUUUAAUCUAAUGUGAAGUAAGCAGUCCUGCUCGUGUUGCCACUAUUACAGUCUGAUUCCUUAAUUAAUAGGACAAGUCAAUAAAAUUCAAGACAUUGAACCUUCGCGAAGUCCUGAAAAUGCAAAUAUAUGGACGAAAAGAACAAACCGUCUAGCGUAUAUAAUAGGAAUUCUACACGGUCGUUAAUAAAAUAACGGCUAAUUUGAUAAUACAGGGAUAAUAAGGUCUUAGGUGAGGGCCAGCUAGCUCAGACGAGACGAGCUGACGCCGAUCAGACGAAACGGGAGUCAAUAAAGAAGGAUAUAGUCGUUGUUUAUUGGUAAACAAUGGCCUGUAAAAGCUAUAGAAACAGUAACAUAGCAAUACACAGUACCGGUAUGGAGGCAGUACGGAACAUGCAUUCAUCGUAUCUGCAGCGUCCAAAAUAGCCAGUGUGAGUGCGCUCUGAAGCUUGGCGUAACUUCAGUCUCCCUGACAUGGUUUUGGUGAAGUAGAAGCUGAAAACCGAAAUACGUAAACGCUUGCUUUCUGACGGUUUCGUCUUACUGCAGUAAUCAGCGUUUUAAUGGCAGACCUUGGUUCAUAUGGUAUUUAGUUUGCCAUGGUUCGAUUGUUUCACGGGACGUGUGUAUCAUAUCCUAUAAAAUACAGAGCCACACUGCGUUCGAGGCAUAAGCAAUACAAGCCACUGACUGCUUCAGCAAGAGCUUUUGAUCUGAAUUUCAAUAGGGGCAGCGACGCUUACAAUUACGUUGACGCUAUGUAAUAAUUGUGCUGUCUUGAAAAAGAAAAAACAAAAAGAGGUUGGAUUGUUCACUUUUUUCGCAGUUUUCGCAACAAAAAAAAAGUCUUUCAAAGAGACUGAAUUGUACAAAUAUGAAGCACCGUUACAACGCGUGUCUUGGCCGUAGACAAAGGAACGCAGUCCCUACAUAGAAAUAAUAUCAUGCCUCAUUUGUGUGAAGUCUACGAACGUAGUCUUUAGUCAAAAAGAGGUAAUCUAGAUCGUUUCUUGGCAUCAAUGUUCGAGUGGUAACGCUGGUUGGUUGAUUGAUUGCGUACCACCUCUAUUACUGUAUUCCCGAACUAGGAAAAGCGAAAUCUUUUUUCGAAAUAAACCCACCCAAGAACGAACAUGUUCGUAACGAAACGGAACUCCAACGGCCAACGCAACGCGUCUUUGAAGAAAAAAUCUGAGCUCGAAUUGCCCCUGGACAUCAACUAGCUUGGAUCAAAAUGCGACUCUUGGACUGGCCGAAAUCAAGCUAUCACCUACUGUGUAUUAAACUCACAUGUAGCGUCUAUCACUUCAACAAAUAGGACCAAUAUCGCUUGUGCUAAAUCGGCCGUGCAAAGCCGGCGUCGACCACGACGACAAGAACAAUCGUAACAAGUCGGUUUCUACAAUUCUGAUUCUAUUGUAGGCCAUACCAAUUCAAAUACAGUAUCGGCCUAUUUAUUUAGACUAUGAUCGCGUAUGAGUUUUGGAAGUCGUGAAAUAUCGCGAAGGUUAAGCUGCGUAAGCCUCAGCCAAACAAUGAAACGUAACGUCGUCUAAAGGUAGACAGACACUCAACCAAUAAACUAGUUUUUUUUUU